AUGAUAACAUAAUAUGUUCUGUGGCUCCACUGUAAGGGAGAAUCAAAGACACCUAUUCACCCGCGAACCAUUCAUACAGCAAGCUGCAGCUGCUAUAGACUCUAUAUAGUCGACCAUACCCGAAUAUGUUUACUGAAUAAUGGUAUUAGUGGACAAAAUAUACUAUACGUCAAUACAUCUCGAUUUUAUUUUCGUAGAAUUCGGCCAUGUAUAAAUGUAUAGUUUAAUUUGGUAUUUUGGUCAUAAUGAACGUUAUCAAGUUGCCGUCACUUACCGGACGCCAAUGCCGUAGCGGCGCAGUAUCUUAGCUGAUUCGAUCUUACUUCUUAUUACUUCGGCAUUGUUGUCAUUUUAUGUAGAAGUGUAAGUAGUGUAACACAUGACACAUGUAAGUUAGGUAACGUUGGAAUGUCGCAUUCGCCCCGAACACGUUAUUUUCGCGUAAACUAAUAUUUUUGAUCAUUACAAUUUUUUUACUAUAUUUAUAAUAGUUAUACAGUAUACUACGUCAACCGCCGAUUUCCUGUUGUUCGCCGGGUUUGGUCUACUGGUACAUGUCGUUCACCGCUCAGACCAAUUUGAAUUCUGUCGAAAAUCAAUAAAUAACGAUGUCCGUCUGUCAUUGGCCCACCACUCGUAGCUAGCUGACAACAUUGACUGCACUAUCCGCAGCCGGUCGUUGCGUUUUACCGUCCGUCAGUACUCAGUCGUCACAGUUUGCUCGUUUGGUUUUCGCUGGUGCAGGAUUACUGGAAGGCCGUUCGCCAUGAGCAAUUCGCAGAUGCAUUUGCACAGCGAGAAUUUCGAUCUUUGCAGGAUUUGCCUGCUGGAACCAGAGACAAAUAGACACAUCAAGUUCAUUCACAUUUUUGGGUCCAACAAUGGAGGUUUAAAACUGAAUCAACAGAUGAUAGAAUUAUUAGGAAUCAAAGUCGAGAAGGAUGAUAUUAAACCUAAAAUGAUAUGUGAGAAUUGUCACAAAUCAUUAAUGAGUUGGAUUGAAAUGAAGAAAAAAGCAGCCGAAUCUCAAAUUGUUAUCAAUUACAUAGCUACAAAAAAAUUUGGUGUUGCUAUCCCUGGAACAUCUAAUGCAUCUUAUUCGUCUCCAAAUUCAAGGAAUACAGAACAACCCUCCAAUGAAUCAUCUUCAUUAACACAAUCUCGAUCAAUAUCAAAAAAAUCAAAUAAAAAUGGUAUAAAUUUAAAUGGUUGUAGUAGUAGUAAUAUUAACAGUAAUAAUAAACAAGGUAAUUCAAGUCGAUCAUUUAUUACAAAUCAUUCAAAACUUGCAUCUGCUGAUAGCGAAUCGGAUGACGAUACAUCUUGUUUAGAAGUUGAAACCCCAGUUGAAAUAAUUGAAUUAUCAUCAGACAGUGAAGAAUCUGUUAUAAAUGAUUUUAAAAAUGAACACAUAAAUGACGUCGAAAAUGAGAAAUUACACUACUGUUCCAUUUGUCAAAAGAAGAAUAUUUUGAACCAUGAUUGUUCACAAUACAAUAAAUCUUUCUUUACAUGCUUGGUGCCAAAUUGUAACAUUAUAUCAAGAUCAAAAAAAGAUUUUACACCACAUUACCGACGACAUAUUGGUUUGUCUUCUACAGCAGUCAUGUGUCGUCGUUGUUAUCAAGAAAUAAAAAAAUCUGAUCGUGAUGUCAAUGGUUAUUGUCAUAUACGCUGUCGUACUGUAAAUUUAUUUAAAUGUUAUGCGUGUAAUGUGAUAUUUAACAGUAUGGAAGAAUUUGCCUAUCAUAAAUUAAAAACACAUAAUGGCCGAUUAAUGAACUCGUAUGGUAAUUAUUUAUGUUUUUAUUGUGAAAUAUCAUCUCCAGAUCUAACAAACAUUAUUGAACAUACUAAACAUUGUCUUGAAAAUCAGUCAAAAAAUAAAACUGAGUAUGAUAUAAAACUAAAAGAUCCUACAGAAAAUGUAACUGCAUUAUUACCUGUUAAGAAAAGUAAUAUGAAAAAUAUACUGGAACGUAAAAGAGGAAAUGAGAAUAAGAUUCCACGUUCAUCAACACAUAUACUUUUUACAUGUUUAAAACCUUCUUGUAAUCUUAUCUUUCAAAACUUUAAUGUUUUUAAAUUUCAUCAUCGGCAGCAUUUUGGACUUGGGAAUAAAUUGAUGUGUUGGCAAUGUUGUGUGCCAUUUUCUGGUUUAAAUGGUCUUAGAGCUCAUCAAGUUAAAGGUAACUGUCGUACUCCUGGAAUGUUCAAAUGUUAUGAAUGUUCUGAACAAUUUGAUGAUCUUCAAAGUUUAAGUAUUCAUAAAUAUACCUUACAUAAUGGCGAUUUAAUAGCAAGUAAAAAACAUAAGACUGUUUCAUGUACAUAUUGUCAUGUGGAUAUUCAUAUUCAUAAUUUGAAAUCUCAUUUGAUUACAUGUCAAUAUAAUGAGGAUAUUAAAAAUGUAAAAAUUAAACCUAAAUCUACCUACACCAAAAAGUGUAAAGGCCCUUAUCAAUGUAUAAUUUGUAAUAAAGUGUGUCUUACAGCAGCAGCAUUAACAAGUCAUGUAAAGAUUCACAAUCCAUCUCCACCAAAAAAAACUAUAAAAAAAAGAAUGAGUAAUACAUCUUUAAGAACGGGAAAUUAUUUUAAAGAGUCUAAUUCUAGUAAUAAUCGAGAAACUGAUAUAGAAAUAAAUCAAAGUAGUAUUUCUCAACAUGAUACAAUUGAAUCUAUUAAUAAUGACAUGGCCAAUACUGGUGAGAAUAUUGAGAUGGAUGUUGAGAUGAAUUCUGAUAAUUUAAGUAAUGAAGCAGUUGAAUCUGUUAAUUAUGGCAUGUUUCCAACUGUGAAUAAAUUUAUCAAAUGUAUUAAUUGUCCUAGAAAAUUUAAAUCAAAUUCAGGAUUGGCAAGACAUAGGCAAUCUUGUUUUACUUCAAAUUCUUUAAAAAAUAUACCUCACAAUUAUUAUUGUACCAAAUGUAAAAAAUAUUUUACACGCUUAACUUUUGUUCAACAUUGGAGAAUACAUCAUGGAAAAAGGCUCCAAUAUCAUAAAUUUAAACGAUUUUCUUGUAGAAAAUGUUCCUUAAAAUUUGUGUAUAAAAUAGCAUUAGCAAUGCAUAAUGAACAUAUGCAUGGAGAAGAAAACACAGUAGCUAUUACAUCUAAUAUAACUCCUACUAACUGUGUAGUAAUGUUACCAGUUAUAUCUGAAACCACAUCAUUGGCCAAAAGUAUUCCUGAAACAACUACAGAAAAUAAUGAAGAAAACAAUGGACCAAUUAAACAAGAAGCAAAUACAAAUACAUUAUCAGAUCAAUGGGAAAUGUCUAAUAACGAUAUUAAAGAAAAUAUAAUUGAACAUAAUACAAUUGAAGGAAAUAAUGAAGUCAAUGACUUGAAAAAUAAUGAAGAACAGGAUAUAAGUAAUAAUAAUGAUGACGGAGAAGAUGAAACUAAUGUUUAUACUGCACAAAAUAUAAAUCAAAUUAUAGAAAAAUUGAAUGAUAGUGAAACAAUAGAAAAUCUCCUUUUUGACGAAGAUACUGAGGCAAUUGAUAAUAUAUCUUCAAUGGAUGUUUCAGAAUGUGACCAUAGUUAUUUUGAUAAAACAAUCACUAAAAUAGAUAAUAAUGAAACAAGUUUGUCUUCUAUAAAAGAAGAACAGCAAAAUUGUUUAAGUACUGAAUUGGUAGCAAUAAAUGAGACCCAAAAUGUUAAUCAUGCAAAUGAAAACAAAACCAAUAACUCAAUACAAGAAUUUCCUACUUCGAGUGAUUAAAACCUAUGGAAAAAAAAUAUUAACUUGAAAGAAUUUAAUUUAUUUCUCAGGUUUUUAACUAAUUAUACCAAAAUUAAAUAAAAUGUAAAGAAUAAUAUCUUAUUAUAACUAUGAAAUUAAAAGUCAAAAUGUUACUAUUGUUUAAUUUUUUAUUUGGAUAAACCAAUAUUUUUUUCUAAUGAUAAAGUUUGUUUAAACUAAUUUUGUGUCAUAAAAUUAUUGAAGUUUUUAAAAUAUUGAACAACUAAAAAAAGAACUGUUCACUUAAUAUACAAUUUAAUUUUUUUUUAUUAUAUUUAAUUUUAGUGAAUAAGUAAAGUAGAUUAAUAUAGUAGACUAUGUACUGAUUUUUAUUUAAAUGUUGUAUCCUAAAAAGUCUUAUUAUACAUUUUUAUUUUAAUUUGUAUUCUUUAUAUAAUAUACAAAAAUAUCUAAAUAAGAUAUAACCUUACAUUUUUAAUAAAAUUAAAUUGUAUUGUUAAAAUAAUUCAUUUAUUUUAAAUGUAUGUUACUCAACUAUUAUUAUGAAUGUUUAGCAAGAUUAAAUUUAAGUAUGGAUUACUAAAUAAAAUAAAUAGCCAAGUUUUUAUUAUGGCAAUUAUUUAUGCUUUUUAUAAAUUUGUGUUAUUGUUAUUUAUAUAUAAAUAUAUACUGACCCAAUGUGUUGAAUAAAUUUGUAUCAGUUGUAUCAUUAUUUUAUUUAAUAACAUUUUAAAUGACAUAAUAUGUAAUACUAAUAAGUAAUAAUGUAUAGUUAAAAAUAUUUUAUUAAAUACAAAAUUUUAGUUAUUACUUUAAAUUUUGAUAUAUUUUUAGGUAUGUUGAAAAUACACUAAUUAUUGAUGUAAUAUUAAUUUUACAAUAUUGAACAAGAUAACAUUUAUUAUUUUAUUUUACUAUGGUUGUGCUGAUGUGGUUUGUACCUAACAAUACAAAAUAAAAUGCA